GGUGUUGCCUCAACGCGACGGUUGUCUGAGAUAAAUAGAGAUCCUUUAUUUGUGUAAGAUACUUGAUCCUUUAGCUGAUCCUUUACAAAUUCACUGUCUUUUCAGUGGAAAUGCACCAUUUUGAAGAGGAACUCACUUGUUCCAUUUGUUAUAGUAUAUAUGAAGAUCCCCGUGUAUUGCCCUGUUCACAUACAUUUUGUAGAAACUGUUUGGAAAGUGUUAUUCAAUUAUCAAGCAACUUUUCCAUAUGGAGACCUUUACGACUUCCGCUGAAGUGUCCCAACUGUAGAAGCAUUGUUGAAAUCCCUCCGUCUGGUACAGACUCGUUACCUAUAAACUUCGCACUAAAGGCUAUCAUCGAAAAGUACCAGCAAGAAGAUUGUCCAGAUGUGGCUACAUGUAGUGAACAUUAUAGGCAGCCGUUAAAUGUUUAUUGUCUUUUAGACAAAAAAUUGGUGUGUGGCCAUUGCCUUACAAUAGGAAAACAUCAUGGCCAUCCUAUAGAUGACCUUCAGAGUGCCUACCUGAAAGAAAAGGAAACUCCAAGCAAACUCCUUGAGCAGUUGACUGAUAAACAUUGGAGUAAAGUAUGUUUGCUUAUUGAAAACUUAGAGGAGCAGAAAGCCCAAUGUGAAAUCAUUGUUCAGGAGGAUAAGAAAACUGUGCUGCAGUAUUUUAAGAGACUGAACGAUGCGCUAGAUCAUAAAAAACAAGCUUUGCUUACAGCGUUAGAUGGUCUGAACACACAGAUUGCUGAAGAAUAUGAGCCACUCAUUGAAAGGAUGAAGGGAAUACGAGAAGAACAGCUUGAAUUAAUGUCUCUGAAUACAUCAGUUCAGGAGGAAGAGUCUCCCCUUCUUUUUCUAGAAAAGAUUGAGGAUGUUCGUCAGCGUGUCAAAACUUUGAAGGAAAAGCCAUUACCAAGUAUUAAGCCUGUUGAAAUCUAUCCUCGAAUAGGGCAGGUGUUAAAAGAUGUAUGGACUAAAACUGAAAUUAGUCAAAUUAAUAAGAUUGUCACUCCUCAGAUAAAGCUGAUUCCAAAAGGAAAAGUGUGUCAUGGCUGUGAAAAGGAAAACAGUCAGCAUAAAGAAUUCUGGCCCUUAAACAUUCUAGCACUUAUAAUAAUUUCAUUGGUUUUCGCCAUUUGUUUCUUUUUUAACACACACUUCUUUUCAGUUGUAAAUAAUGUUACUUUUUCCUGUGUUCUGGAUGCCUUACAAAAUGUUUAUCAAGGCUCAAGUAAUAGGCUACAGGCUGCGGUGGAAGUUGUGUGCCACAGCUGUAACCUGUUUGAAUACCUAUGUAAAGUAGUUUCUUCUUCCAUAUGAAUAUUUCUCAUCACAACAGCUGCUUUGUGAAGAUCAGGACAAGAAAUGGCAUGGAUUAUACUAAAGGUUUUUGCAGAUUCUUACAGCCUAAGACUAACGUUAUUUUCAUAGGAAAUAAAGACAUAGAUUGCAUUGGCAGCUAGGUCACAAACUACCCCAGCAUUUCUAAACAGAUACACCAGCAACAAUGGUUUUUGUUGGGGUGAAUGUUCUACUAAAAAUUAAAUUAGUUCCUCAGAUUUGCUGUUACAAUACAUGUACAGGAUGCUACCUCUUCCAGAGAUGCUUACACAGAGAAAUUAGACAUGUAAGGGCAGGCCAGGAAGCGAGAAACUUUGCUAAUGAGACUCCUGUUGUUUCUAAACUGCAUAGUUUUUAUAAGUAUUACAUCUUGCUGAGCAGCAUUCCACACAUAUGGAACUGGAAUGGAAAUUCUAGCAUUUUAGAGUAUAUAAUCUUUUUACUAAAUUCCUUAGAUUUUCUUUAGUUAUUGGUGCUUAAUGGAGAAAAAGACCAAAGAUUGCAAAAUGGAAUUUUCAACAAAAAAAACCUUGAACCACUUUUUUAAAAAAGAGUGGACAGUGAAUCUUAAAACUUCAUUUAGGGAUAAGGAAUUGUUUAGUUUUAGACUUAGUGACUUCUUUUAUAAAAAUUAAACCUUAGAAAUCUUAUCUGAUGUAUUCUCAUGAUUGCAUUAAGCAUAUUUGCAGAAGGCUUCUAAGUUUAGUCUUUUCAGAAUUUCAUCUUGACUGCUUGAGAUUGGUAGAUUGUUUUGUUUGAAUGUUUUCACAUGUUCACUGUAUAUGUUAGUGUAAGUUGUCCAAAUCAGAUAUUGUUGUAUGCUGUACUAAACAGACCUACCAAUGUACAGACCAUGUAGCUUUUCUCACAGACUUCACAAUUCUAACCACCUAUAAUGAAUCACUGCCAUGGAGCUUAACUGCUGCAUGUUAGGGACUGCAGCCUGAUCUUUGUAGCAAUCAUUUAGGUUAGGAACUUUAUGGAAUUUGAACCUGCCAUUUCUAAUAUAUUUGGAAAUACAAUUUUCCCAGUGCUUGUGUCAUAAGAGCCUUCUGUAUCUGCCCAUUGGGUUCACUGUAUCUUGCAUUUUUGAGAUUGGGGAGUAAUAACUAGUAACAAGGGAGAUGAUUAAGGAUAUGUCUGUAAUCACACUGACAAUUCUGACUCUUGGCAUGACAGUUCAUCUAAAGUUUUUGUUAUAUGCUUCAGGGAGGAAACUUGUCUUCUUUUGAACUAGUGGACAUUGAUUAUGGUUAGCACUGUACUGGAAGUUGUCAUUGCAAAGUAGAUGUGCCCUAUGUGUGCUGAAAUUGGCACUGCUACUGUAGAUGCAUCUUAAUUUACCAGAUGCCACUCCCUUAAAAUCUCAUUCAAUGCUAGAUCUGAUUUGUUUCCAUUUUGUACUGGAAGGAACAUCUACCAGGUGCCCAGCUGUCAGAUAAAAUAGCAGAAUGGGUUGUGCUAAGUAUAUCUUUUGCAUGAGUUAAUUCAGUGUCAUAUCUUUUUCUAACACCGCUGUCCCAUUACUAUUAGCCUCCACCCAGCUGAUGUGAAAUCUAAAGUGGGCCAGAUGGUUUGUCACCUAUGGUGAAAUCUGCUUGGCGGGCAGCUUGCCAAGUAAAAUAGCUUCCAUAAUAUUUGGGUUGCAGUUGGCUACCAUGCAGUUAAUUGUGUGGCUGUGGUCCUUAGUGUAAGCCCUCAGGUGUGGGGGCUCCCUCCUCCUUUCUAGCAGUGCACUUGGCUUCAUGGCAUAAAUUUGAAAAACUUAUAACAAGUUGGUUUUAUAAGAUUUGUUGUUUUUGAAAGCUAUUCCAAAAUUUUUGAAUUUGUAAUUUUUAAUAAACUUUUAGCUAG